GGCUUCCCGCGCUUUGCCCGGGGUUCCCCGGAGACCCUCGGGCCCCGCCGCCUCCUGCGCGCAGUGGUCACCUCCCGGGAAAGGUUGCCCUCAUUUGCCCGGUCGUCGUGUCACGCCGGCUCCGCGCCGGGCGGGGAGGGCGGAGGCGCUUAUGAAUGGGAGACCCUCGCAGGUUGUGGCAGCGUCAGCGAACGUUUAGAGCCGGGAAGACAACAAAGUUGGAAGUCGUCUCCCUAAGCUGCCCCUUGUGCGGAUCGGGAUCGCGAGCCCCGGAGCAGGAAGGAGCUCCCGAGCCAGCUGUUGAGCGGGAUAUGAGGUGCCCAUCAUAAGCUCCUGAGAGCUGCCCUUCACGGAGCCCAGCAGAGGAGCGGGUAAACAUGAAAUCCAAUCCUGCCAUCCAAGCUGCCAUUGACCUCACGGCAGGGGCCGCAGGUAAUCCUAGAGAAAACCCGUCCUUUGUUCCUCAAAUACCUUCUGCAGGGGGCACAGCAUGUGUACUCACUGGGCAGCCCUUCGACACCAUGAAAGUGAAGAUGCAGACGUUCCCCGACCUGUACAGGGGCCUCACCGACUGCUGCCUGAAGACCUACUCCCAGGUGGGCUUCCGGGGCUUCUACAAGGGGACCAGCCCAGCGCUGAUUGCCAACAUCGCCGAGAACUCCGUCCUCUUCAUGUGCUACGGGUUCUGCCAGCAGGUGGUACGGAAAGUGGUUGGAUUGGAAAAGCAGGCAAAGCUGAGUGAUCUGCAGAACGCAGCUGCUGGUUCCUUUGCCUCUGCCUUUGCUGCUCUGGUCCUCUGCCCCACCGAGCUCGUGAAGUGCCGGCUGCAGACCAUGUAUGAAAUGGAGACGUCGGGAAAGAUAGCCAAAAGCCAGAACACAGUUUGGUCUGUCGUGAAGAGUAUCCUUAGGAAGGACGGCCCCUUGGGCUUCUACCAUGGACUCUCGAGCACUUUACUUCGAGAAGUACCGGGCUACUUCUUCUUCUUCGGUGGCUAUGAGCUGAGCCGAUCGUUUUUUGCAUCGGGGAGAUCAAAAGAUGAGCUAGGCCCUGUUCCUUUGAUGUUAAGUGGUGGAUUUGGUGGAAUCUGCCUCUGGCUUGCUGUUUACCCAGUGGAUUGUAUCAAAUCCAGAAUUCAAGUUCUCUCCAUGUCUGGAAAACAGGCAGGAUUUAUUGGAACUUUUAUAAGCAUCGUGAAGAAUGAAGGAAUAACGGCCUUAUAUUCUGGACUGAAACCUACCAUGAUUCGUGCGUUCCCUGCCAAUGGGGCACUCUUUUUGGCCUAUGAGUACAGCAGGAAGUUGAUGAUGUGCCAGUUCGAAGCAUACUGAAGUGUCUGGCAAACGUUGAUCCAAGUGAAGGUGUCUGAGGACUGCAGUUCUCAGGGUUUCAAGGAGUACAAGACCAAUGCGGGAUUUUUUGAUUUUGUGGGAAUUUUUUUUUUGUCUUCCAUUUUUCUACCUUAUACCUUAAACUUUGUAGAAGAGCUUCUUUUAUAUAAUUACUGCCCAUAAUUGUAUUGAAAUGGAAAAGUUGCUGCUCUUGUCCUUGGUGGGACAUACAGGGUGGGCUGCUGGCCCUAGGUACCUAAUAUGUUUAAUCUCAGAUCUCACUAGAAAAAACAAGAGGUAAUCAUGUUUCCUGAGAAUGGUUAUAAAUGCUUAAUCCAUUCUAGAUGUGGGUCUCUUUUUAAAUCUGCUUAGCACGUACCCUAUAAUAAGUGGUUCAAGUUUUAAAAAAUUUUCCUGUGGUGCUUGAAAACGAAGGUGUCCCUCUAGAUUCUGAAGAGGAGAAUAUACCUGCGUACCGGUGUGGUGUGGCCUCCGUGUUCUUGAUUUAAGUUUCAGAGUAAGCGUCCUGGAUCUUCCCAAGAUGCUCCUCUGUGGAAACAGUGCCCUCCAUCGUCUUCCAGGUGGGAUCACAUUCCAGGCUUGUGCAUAUUGUUGGGUGCGGCCUAGAGCCUGGCCCUCGGCUGAGCCAGCCCCUCCUCCUGUCCCAAGGAGCUCCUCUCUGCCGGGCUUGAGCUCAAGGAAGGCUGUGGGGAGGGGCCUGGCGUGCUUUGUGAAG